CCGCAUGCGUACACGAGCCCCGAUCGCGAGUACAAGUGUCAAAGUGCUAAAUGGAACUCACCAGCGUUCAAUGUUAAAGAAACAAACAUUCGAGGACAAGGAAGUGAACAUGGCGAUACAGAGCGUCUCGAGGUACCCCAGCAGCCCGGCCGAGGCUACCGAGCCGCCCAAAAACUCCAGGAUAAGCUUCAGCGUGGCCUCCAUCCUCGCUGAUACUAAAGCGAACCAAGUCGAUGAAACCGCUGAGAUGAUCCGACACCACAGAACAAUCCCCGAGUCUCCAUUAAGACAAUCCCCUGCAGCGCAACCUGAGCUGCCCGGCGGAAAAUCAAUAUCACCUAGACCGUCAUCCCAAACACCACCUUUAAAUCUGAACGCAUCAGCGACGGUUACUUCUUCAGAUGAUGAAUACGAAGAUUCUGUUAAUCAAGAAGAUUCGAUAGUCGAUGUAGAAGAUUUACAAAAUGGAGCGCAGAGUGAUGAGGAUGAUAGGACGUCGACGCCCAAUGAUAAGGAGAGAUUAGGUCCAAUCAGGCCAACGCCGUUUAGUGCACUGGCUGCAGCGGCGGCGGCUUACCACGGUCUAGGCUGGCCUGGUCCCCCUUCCGUGGUACCUUCGUUUGGACCUCUAUUCCAGUCACAUUUUCCCGUUGGACACAUUACAGACGCCAACGGCGAGCCUCCUAAACUCAAAUGCAACCUCCGGAAGCACAAACCGAAUCGCAAGCCGCGCACCCCCUUCACCGCGCAACAGCUACGUGCUCUGGAGAGCAAGUUUGUCGACAAGCAGUACCUAAGCAUCGCUGAGAGAGCAGAAUUCUCGUCGUCUCUUGGUCUAUCUGAAACACAGGUCAAAAUCUGGUUCCAAAAUCGACGCGCAAAAGCGAAAAGGGUGCAAGAAGCGGAGAUAGAGAAGCUCAAAAUAGCGCAGUUCACCCGCCACCCCCACCACAUGUACCCGCACCCCCUCCAGCAAUACUUCCCACACCCUCUGAUGGGCCGGCCUUUGCCCAUGAUGCCUCCACACUUGGCCAUGCAAGCCUCCGUGCCGAGUUCACCAUCGCCCAGCACACAGUCUAACGGUCAGCAGUGAAACAAACCAAACAGGUUAAUAAACAGCUCUAAAACCCGACUACUACCGGCGAACCGCCGAUAGAUAGCGAUAGGUAUAGAAAAAUUGGUUUUUGUAUUUUUUCCUCUUACAUUUGGUAUCCCACUCGACACAAUAGCAAAAAAAUUUUUGGAAAUCCACUUUUUUGGAUGUAACAUCCGAUGCAUCUAACAAAUCAUCCAAUCAUAAGCCUUCCUUUUGGUUUCGCUGUAGUCGGGUAAUAACUGAAAACAUAAUGAGGAUUUAUUUAUUAUUACUAAUGGAUAAACUCUAUCCCUGGAAAGAAGUUAUAAAGCAUUCUUUCGGUUACAUUAUCCGUUUUGUUCGAAAUCAUAGACUUUAGCACAGUUUAAGGCUGUUUUAUUUGAAAAUAAGUUCAGAUUUGUAUUGAGUGGGCUAUUAAAUCUUCCGGAUUAAAGAAAAAAAAGGAUUUUAAUCAGAAAUAUUCCGUUUUGUUCGUCAGCUUCUCAAUUUUAUAGUAUCUUAAAUUUCUUCAAAGUGAAUCGUUACAGUAGCUUAAAAUACUACUUUCUAGUUAAACAAGACGCCUAAAAAAAAAUAACAAGUGUAUCGAAUACACCGUAUUAUAAAAUAGAAACAAUUUGAUGAAUAAUAUAAUUAGUAUAAAGGAAGAAAACUAUUGUACUGAAUAUUUAAGAUUUUGUAUAAUUUGGUUACCUAAAAAGAGACUGAAUUCGAUAUUGAAUGAAAAUAAUGAAUGUUAUUAUUUGGUUGUGUAAAAUUAUUUCAAUAACUGUUGAUUGGUUGAAUGACCAGUAAAAAUACUAUCACUAUUUUAAUGUAAUUUAUAUUAAAAAUAAUAAUUGCGAUAUUGUUGAUAGCAGUUUUCAGAGAAAACUAUCAAAAUACCAAAUUGGGUAUUGGACUGUUUUAUGAAAUGUAUCUCAGCCUAUUGUUUACAAUCCGGAUUGUUUAAAUUGUUUAAAAAAAAAAUUUAAAAUACUUGUCGUUUAUUGCCUCGUGAUGUCAUUAAUCGCCUUCAGUACAGCGUGACGUUAAUAAUUAAUUAAUUAAGUUAAUAAUAACGAAAAAUCAUGAUUUUUAUUUAAUUAUGAAAUAAUAAUGAAUUAAUAAUGAAUUGAUAAUGAAUUCUAGCCCAAUAAACUACCGCUACACAAAACAUCACAUCAUUUUAAUAACUACAGUCCAAAACCCUAUUGCACAACUAUAUUUUCGAAUGACA